AUGUACGAUAAGGCAACGUCGAUAAGCCGACGCGGUGUUAUAAAAGGCCAAUUAACCAGAUUAGGCAGCUACGCAAAAAACUUCGCAACUGCGGAUGGUGAUAUAAAUCAAUUAAAAAUAAGAAAAGAAAAGGCACAGGAGUUCUGGGUCGAGUUCCAACAAAUUCAGCAAGAAAUAGAACAAAACGAAGAUGCAGAGAGUGAAGAAGAUUAUAGAAUAGAGUUCGAAGAAUUGUACUUCGACGUGGUUGCUAGCUGCGAAACGCUGAUUGAAAAAAGGAAAAUGUCGAACGUAAAAAAAAGAGAUGAAAACGAAGAUGCAUUAAAUCAAGAGCCGAUUCAGCAAACCGAAAACACGUCUGUAAGAAGUGGAAUAAGGGGCGCGUCCAUGGUGAAGUUGGCCGCCUUAAAUGUACCAGAAUUCAGUGGCGACUACAAGGAGUGGGCCACGUUUCACGAUAUGUUUGUAGCUCUAGUUCACUCAAACGAAGACAUAAUGGACAUUCAACGAUUUUUCCACCUAAAAUUAGCACUAAAGGGAGAAGCAGCAAAAGUAAUUCAAAGUUUCGAAACAUCGGCAAAAAAUUAUUCAACAGCGUGGGAGUGCGUAAAGGCGCGUUAUAAUAAUAAACGAAUUUUAGUAAAAAAUCAUACAAAAGCAAUUUUCGACUUGAAACCUAUAGACCAAGAAUCUUCCUCGAAGUUAAUGUACUUUAUUGACGCGUUGCAAGGGCACAGAAAAGCCUUAGAAGCGUUAGGUUUUGAUACGAAUAGCUGGGGCCCACUUUUAGUGCACGUAAUUCUAAUAAAAUUGGACACAGCCACGUUACGUGAGUGGGAAACUCAAGCACAUAAAACAGAGGUGUCCGAAGUGAAUGAGUUAGUAGAAUUUUUGCAAAAAAGAUUUCAAAUAUUAGAAGCAGUUGAAGGGGCUCAAAAUUUAAAUGGAAAAACUAACCAAAAUACUCAUCAGUUCUCAUCAAAGCAAAAAAAAUAUGAAAGAGCUGGUUUUCAAAAAACGACAUCAAUGCACGCAAUGACUACAAAAUUAAAAUGUUUCGCAUGCAAUGAAAGUCACCCGAUCUACAGGUGUACACAAUUUUUAUCUCUUUCAGUUCCCGAAAGAAAAGUCAAAAUAAAUCAACUAAAAAUUUGUACUGUAUGUUUAUCCAAACACGCGGAAAACAAAUGUAAAUUUAAAGGUUGCCGGAAAUGUUGUCAACUAUCUAAAUAUUGUUAUUUAUCAAUUAUCUAUUUAUUAAUUUGA